CCUGCGCCUUAUACGACCAACCACAAUCUCUCUCAUCGUAAGGAGUCGACCCAGUAGAGUAUACGAGGGGUCCCUUCGCCAGCUGUACCCUGCUUUGCCAACAUACGACGUCGCUCUGCUAUAUAAAUAGCCUGUUCCCGUCCAUUGUGUUCGUCUCCUCGUGGUAUAGUCUCCAGCCGACCCUCCCAAAGGUCCUGCCUGAGACGUAGCUAGAGGCACAUUUCCUCCACAGCUGCCCAAGCGGGUUCCAUACGUAUGCAGAUGCACAAGAUGGCGAGCACUCGGUCACUUUUAUUAUGUCUCGUGGCGGCCAUAUCGUGGCCAUCAUCCCACGCCAGCUCGUCCCGCCGCCAGGAUGAUAGCUCUCCCACCGGUUACGAUUUCGUCGAUCCCUUGAUUGGUACUCGUGAUGGCGGUCAUGUUUUUGCCGGAGCAACACUGCCCUUCGGUAUGGCGAAAGCAGUGGCGGAUGUCACGGAAGACAACCAAGGAGGAUAUGCCUCGAAUGGAAGUCCGGUCACUGGCUUCUCCCACAUGCACGAUUCAGGUACUGGCGGUGCCUCAUCACUAGCCAAUUUUCCCAUCUUCGUGUAUCCGGGCUGUAAGGGUGACGAUAUCAACGGCUGUACAUUUCCCAAGUCUCGCCGUAGCGUCGACGUCGUCGAAGGAAGUGUAUCUGCUCGUCCCGGCUACUUUACCAUCGGUCUAGAAUCCGGCAUUAAGGCGGAGAUCACAGCUGCCAACCACACGGCGCUUUAUCGUUUUACCCUCUUUGGGAACGGUACCGGAGGCGCGGCCGUAGACGCACCCCUAAGCCCAUUGUUCAUCAUAGACCUAACGGACCUUCCCAAUACACGUAGCAAUGGCAGCGCUUCCGUGGACCCUGACACUGGCCGAAUUUCAGGGAAUGGUACGUUCCGGCCAAGUUUCGGAACCGGGAUUUAUCAAUUGCACUUUUGUGCCGAUUUCCUUCAUGAGGCCUCUAUUCGCGAGACUGGUGUAUUUAUAAACAACAGGGCCGGAAGUGAACCAAAGAGCAUCGUCGUCGGACAGGACAACAACUCCCCCCCUCUACCAGCCGGAGCAUAUACAUGGUUCGAUACGGUUGAAGCCGGUGCAUCUAUUACGAUUCGAGUUGGGUUGUCGUUCAAGAGUGUCGACCAAGCCUGUGCUCAUGCCGAGAGGGAGAUCCCAGAUCUUGACUUCUCGGAAACUCUAGCUGCGGCAGAAGACAUUUGGAGAGAGAAACUCUCGGUCGUGGAAAUCAAUACGACAGGCUUUCAAGACACCGAGCUGCAAACCGUCUUCUGGAGCGGAUUUUACAGGACGAUGCUAAGCCCGCAGGACUAUACUGGUGAAAAUUACCUUUGGGAAAGCGACGAACCUUACUACGACUCGUGGUAUUGCAUAUGGGAUUCUUUCCGCAGCAUCCACCCUUUCCUCACAUUGGUGGACCCGCACUCGCAAACACUCAUGAUCCGUUCCCUUAUCGAUAUUUACCGUCACGAGGGAUGGCUACCGGAUUGUCGAAUGUCACUCUGCAAGGGGUGGACCCAAGGCGGGUCGAACGCUGACGUUGUCUUGGUGGAUGCAUUUCUCAAGAACAUCACCCAAGGUAUCGAUUGGGACACGGGAUACGAGGCUCUAAUAAAAGACGCAGAGCAUGAGCCGCCGGUAUGGGAUUACGAAGGCCGUGGAGGCUUGUAUAGCUGGAAGAAUCUCGGUUAUAUCCCAGCUGACGAUUUCGACCCCUACGGAAACGGUCUAUUCACUCGAAGUGUGUCUCGGACAGUAGAAUACGCUUACAACGACUUCUGUAUUGCCCAAGUAUCGGAGGCCCUGGGCAAGCAAGAGGAUUAUGAGAAGUACAUAGAACGAUCUGGGAAUUGGGUCAAUUUAUACAAGUCCGACCAGGAAGACAGGGGAUUUACCGGCUUCCUCCAACCCAAAUAUCUAAACGGGACCUGGGGCUACCAGAUUCCUAGCCUUUGCUCCCCCGUCACAGAGCUCCAUUCGUGCUACCUCAACCCGGGCGGUCACGAAACAUACGAAGGCAGCCCUUGGCUUUAUACCUUCUUUGCACCUCACGACAUGGCAUCCUUAAUCACCGCGCUCGGUGGUCCGGGCGCUUUCGUCGAUCGACUUGACCACCUCCACGAGAGUGGGAUCCUAUACGUCGGCGACGAGCAGGCGUUCCUGACCUUAUUCCAAUACCACUAUGCAGGCCGCCCGGGAAAGUCUACCGAGCGCGCUCACUUUUAUAUACCAAGCCAGUUUAAUACAUCAAGGGGCGGGAUACCUGGUAACGACGACUCGGGUGCCAUGGGCUCGUUCGCCGCCCUUGCGAUGAUGGGAAUUUUCCCCAAUCCUGGCCAGGAUAUCUACUUUAUCACGGCCCCCUUCUUCCCGUCCUUCUCGAUCACCAACAACUUGUCGGGCAAGAAGGCAACCGUCAAGACGGUCAACUUCGAUACCGCGUACGAAAACAUUUACAUCCAGAGUGCGAAGCUGAACGGAGAGGAUUACACCAAGAAUUAUCUCACGCACAACUUCUUUCUAGAAGGUGGCACUUUAGAGCUCACCCUGGGCGACAAGGAGAGCACGACGUGGGGCACGGGUGAAGACGACAUACCACCCAGCAUAAGUACGCCGAAGAGUUGAGCGCUGUGCCAUAUCCGAUCUUACACUAGACAGCACAGCCUAAAAGAGCUUUUAAUGCUAAAAGAGCUUUUGGGGUCUUUCUAAACUAGAAGGGCCAAGCCCCAACUAAUGAAAAUAUAGUUUUUGCUUCUCGUUUUCCCGACAGGGUUGUACUAAGCUAUACGCACGUUGACUAGGUCGAGGAUUUUUAAACCUGACUUCUCACAACCCUCGAAGUUCCAAUCUGCCACAUUCCUGUCCU